CUAACUCACUCAGUUAUCAACAAUCACCCAUUAAACAAACAUGGCUCCAACACUCUACAUGAUCCCGUACAGUCAACCCGUAAGAGCAACUUUAAUGACAAUCAAAGCCCUCAACCUUGACGUCAACCUAAAAGAAGUGAACUUAAUCGACAAACAACAACUAUCAUCCGAAUACACCAAGUUGAAUCCGCAACACACCGUACCAACCCUAGUUGAAGAAGAUGGGUUUGUUUUAUGGGACAGCCACGCCGUGAUGACCUAUCUGGUGUCCAAAUACGGAAAAGAGGACUCUUUGUAUCCCAAAGACUUGCGAAAGCGGGCUGUCGUAGACCAGCGACUGCAUUUCGAAAACGGGGUGCUUUUUCCCGACACCAUGGCCAUAAUUCGUCCUGUUAUCUACGGGGGCGAGAAAAUCAUCCCCCAGGUUCGAAUAGACAGAGUCAAAGAAGACUACGGUUUGUUGGAGAAGUUUCUACAGGGAAAAAAAUGGGUAGCUGGUGACCACGUCACCGUUGCUGAUUUCAGCAUAGUCUCGUCCAUUACCACCAUGGACGUGGUGGUAUCCAUCCAAGGGGCGCAGUUCCCUAACAUCGCAGCGUGGAUCGAAAGAAUGGAGAAGCUCCCGUACUACGACCAGAAUAAAACGGGGUUGGACCAGAUCCGGAAAGUUAUCGAAGACAAUUUAAAAUAAAUCUGUCAAUUGCGCAACGUGGCCAUAUAUUUUUUUAAUAAAUUUUAUAUUGUCGAGAGA